AUGGCGGCGUCCUCCCUGGAGCAGAAGCUGUCCCGCCUGGAAGCAAAGCUGAAGCAGGAGAACCGCGAGGCCCGGCGGAGGAUCGACCUCAACCUGGAUAUCAGCCCCCAGCGGCCCAGGCCCAUUAUUGUGAUCACUCUAAGCCCUGCUCCUGCCCCGUCCCAACGAGCAGCCCUCCAGCUCCCGCUGGCCAAUGAUGGGGGCAGCCGCUCACCGUGCUCCGAGAGCUCCCCACAGCACCCCACACCCCCUGCCCGGCCCCGCAACAUGCUGGGGCUUCCAUCAACCUUGUUCAUGCCCCGCAGCAUGGAGAGCAUUGAGAUUGACCAGAAGCUACAGGAGAUCAUGAAGCAGACCGGCUACCUGACCAUCGGGGGCCAGCGCUACCAGGCCGAAAUCAACGAUCUGGAGAACCUGGGGGAGAUGGGCAGCGGCACUUGCGGCCAGGUGUGGAAGAUGCGCUUCCGGAAGACGGGCCACGUCAUCGCCGUCAAGCAAAUGCGGCGCUCGGGGAACAAGGAGGAGAACAAGCGGAUCCUCAUGGACCUGGACGUGGUGCUCAAGAGCCACGACUGCCCCUACAUCGUGCAGUGCUUCGGCACGUUUAUCACCAACACGGACGUCUUCAUCGCCAUGGAGCUCAUGGGCACGUGUGCCGAGAAGCUCAAGAAGCGGGUGCAGGGCCCCAUCCCCGAGCGGAUCCUGGGCAAGAUGACGGUGGCGAUCGUGAAGGCGCUGUACUACCUGAAGGAGAAGCACGGCGUGAUCCACCGAGACGUCAAGCCCUCGAACAUCCUGCUGGAUGAGCGGGGCCAGAUCAAGCUCUGUGACUUUGGCAUCAGCGGACGUCUGGUCGAUUCCAAGGCCAAGACGCGCAGCGCCGGCUGUGCCGCGUACAUGGCGCCGGAGCGCAUAGACCCUCCGGACCCCACCAAGCCGGACUAUGACAUCCGGGCCGACGUAUGGAGCCUGGGCAUAUCCUUGGUGGAGCUAGCGACGGGACAGUUUCCCUACAAGAACUGCAAGACAGACUUUGAGGUCCUUACCAAAGUCCUCCAGGAAGAGCCCCCGCUCUUGCCCGGGCACAUGGGCUUCUCAGGGGACUUCCAGUCCUUUGUCAAAGACUGCCUUACUAAGGAUCACAGGAAGAGACCAAAGUAUAAUAAGCUACUUGAACACAGCUUCAUCAAGCGCUACGAGAUGCUGGAGGUGGACGUGGCGUCCUGGUUCAAGGACGUCAUGGCGAAGACCGAGUCACCGAGGACGAGUGGAGUCCUGAGCCAGCACCACCUGCCCUUCUUCAGGUAG